AUGCCUCACGUAGUGUUAAAUGAUAUUAAUAAAUUAGCGCUAUUGCGUACAUUGGAAAGCGGAAGAUAUCUGAGCGUCGCUUUUCGUUCGUGGGAUCUCUACGAGUUUCCGCUUCUGCAGAGCACGACCAAACAUUCGUGGGCGGUUAAAGCGGCAACGCAACUAGAGAAACCGCGUUACGUUAUCUUCGCGCUGCAAUCCGGAAGAAAGAACGUUCUGCUUCAAGAUGCCUCUAUGUUUGACGAUUGUAAACUAACUAACGUCAAACUGUAUCUUAAUUCGGAUUUUUAUCCCUACGACGAUAUGAAUCUAAAUUUCGAAAAAAAUAAAAUUGCGGUGCUGUACGACAUGUACUCGAAAUUUCGAAAAACGUACUACGGAUGCGAUAAAGACGAAGCACUCUUUAAUUUAGCUAAAUUUAUAACGUUCGGUCCGAUAGUAGUUAUCGACUGUUCUCGACAGAACGAAUCCAUUAAAAGCGCUACCGUGGACGUUCGUAUAGAGUUCGACUGUAAGGAGAACUUUCCCUCUAACACCACAGCCUAUUGCCUCAUUAUUCACGAUCGCGUAGUAGAGUAUAAUCCGCUUACUAACGUUGUGCGCAGAAUCGUGUAG